AGGCGGGGCUUGGCAGAGUACCAAUCAGAGCGCGCCUGCCGGGCGCACCAGGCGAGCGGGCCGUAAGCGUUGCUUGCGAGCGAGGGGCGCGAGGCGGGCGCAUGGCGGACCCGGUGCUGUUCGAGUUUCUGCACACCGAGAUGGUUGCCGAGCUGUGGGCCCCGGACCCGGACCCUGGCUGGGGGGUGAGCGGCACGCCGUGGCCUCGGGGUGACUUCUCCGCGGAGAAGCGGGGUGCGAUCGAGCUUUCCCGGCCGGUCGCUGCUGAGGCGGUGCGACGUGACUGGGGGCCAUGGGGAAAGAAGAGCCUGUCAGUCCUGGAGGGCCUCGGCUUCCGCGUGGGCCAGGCUCUGGGUGAGAGGCUGCCCCGGGAGACCCUGGCCUUUAGGGAGGAGCUAGAUGCCCUCAAGUUCCUAUGCAAAGACCUGUGGGCGGCCAUGUUCCAAAAGCACAUGGAUGGACUCCGCACCAACCACCAGGGGACCUAUGUGCUGCAGGACAACAGCUUUCCCCUCCUCAUCACCAUGGGCUCAGGGCCACAGUAUCUAGAGGAAGCCCCCAAGUUCCUGGCCUUCACCUGCGGGCUUCUGUGCGGCGCCCUCCAUACGCUGGGUUUCCAGAGCCUGGUCACUGCCUCCGUGGCUUCCCUGCCCGCCUGUAAAUUCCAGGUGGUAAUCCAGAAGUCCUGAGAAGCGCUCUUGCCCUGUCCUGACUUCAACCUCGGGAGACGGUGGCGCCUUGGCCCUGCCCAGGUGCUCACCCUUGCAGAUGGCCUCAGAGCUGGAGCUCCCAGGCUUUGAGGUCACACGUGCUUCAGACAAGGAAAUGCAGGCUGGAGGGUCUCAGGAGGCCAGGGAUGGGCAUAGAGGGACAUUAGGACAUCACCCAGAUGACAAAUGCUCAAUAAAGGUUCUUUCUGUGGCAA